CUCCCAAAUCCUCUUCUCCUCCCCUUCGCACAAGAGCAACCAAACCUUGAAGCCCGAUCAUAGCCAUCACCGCCGCUAUGGUGAAGACCGCCGCCACGGUCAUGAAGCCUACCACCGUCGCCGUCAGAGAUCGUAUUCUUUUCUCCGAAGGUCAUCUUCUCUUCUCCAAAGAUCUGCAAAGGUAAAAGGCAGAUUUGCAGAGGCCGAUGUCGGAUUAGUUGUGAUGGUGGCCAGAUCUACAACUGCAGUGGCCGACGACCGGUGGAGGCUAGAUCUAGCCAGAUGUCCGGUGGUGCCUGCCAGAUUUGCAGCGGCGACAACCAUAUCUGCAGCGGUGGCGUCCAGAUCUGCAGCGGUGGUCCGGCGUUCUGGAAGGCGGCAGCAUGAUUUCCCAGCUUCAUGAGUGUUUUUGUCCAAUUACAAAUAAU